AGACCGUGAGUGCAAGUGGCUGUGGCCGGCCUAUAGAGAGAUGGAGAUGAUCAAAGCAGGACACGACAUCGGAUGUAAGAAAAUUUUUAUAAGCCACAGAUAUAACACCGCUAAGCCCCUGGACCCUGGACACGUUGAGCAAGCCCUGAUCCACUUUCAGAGAAAGAUCCCCAACUUCCGCUGCUUCUUCAAGGAACGAGACGGGAAGCUGUGGGUUUGUGAGGACCCCAAUCCUGACUUUGAUUUCGAGUAUCUGGAAGGAGCCGAGAGCAGUGCCAUUAUAAAUGAACACAUAAACAAGCCUUUCUUCGGCGAUCGCACACCCACCUGGAAAGCGAGACUGGUUCCUGUGGCCGCCGACGCCCCUUGCCCCCUGCCCGAAAUAAAGGCAGCUUUCCCCUACCAGUAUGACCUCGUCAUGAUGCCCCACCACUCAUUCAUGGACGGGGUCAGCUUAGCUAUUGUCACCGGCAAAUUUGUGGGACUACUGAACGACGUUGUGGCCGGACGACCUGUAAACGACGAGCCCUUUGGGGUCUACCUGAACAAUGAGGAAAUUGUUAAGAUCGAUGAGCAGAUCGCGAAGGACAUCGAGAAGGAACCCGAGAAGCUCGAGUCAACAAAACAAGAGAUUCUGGCCUGUGACACUGCGCCCCUCCUCCUGAAGGCCUUUCCGCCACCUGGAGGGAAACCGGCAACCAAUUUUGUUAAUCAGCUUAUCAAGCAGAAAUCCCUAGCUUCCUUCAUGGUAAAGUGCAGAGCCAACGGCGUUACGUUCAACAGUGGAAUGGAGGCUGUGAUUAAUACCGCCAUUAAUGAGAUGGCGAAGGAGGCGGGAGUGGAGGGGGAGUCUCACCACAUGAGCAUCAAUCUAGCGACGGAUCUGAGACGCUACAUGAAGCGCCGCCCCCUCCCGAUCCUCGGCCUGCACGUGCGCCCCACUGUGCACAGGAUAGAGACGCCCUUCGACGUCCGGGACAACUUCUGGGACUACACCAGGAAGCUCCACCAGAGGCUCUCGGUUCCUAAAUCUGGCGAGGCCCUUCAGCAGAACGUGGUGAGGGAGAUGACCGUGCCGCAGCUCCCACCGGUGGAACACCACGCAGCAGGGCCCAAACCCUUGCGUGACUACGGUCUCACUAACGUCGGGGAUCUCACGGCCAUCAUUCCAGGCGUCGGGGAGCACCUCCAGCAGACUAGCGUCUCCAUGUUUAACUGCACACACUACUCUGGGUUCCCAAUGCUUCACCAGAUCUACACCUUCCGAGGACAUAUGCCCUACACAAUUGGCUACGACACGUCCUACAUGGCGAAGGAGACUGCUAUAGGACUCAUGGACAGGAUUUUGACACUUAUACACGAACUUGGGACAUCGCCCUAAAAUGCUAAAAUAAGACAGGGUUCAGAGGCAGGAGUGACCAGACUGGAAUCCUCAUGUGUGUGUACCAUUUUUCCUCCACACUUUUCGUAGAGAAAUGGUUCUUGGUUAUUGUAAGAACACGAGAAAAUUACUUUUAUAUAUUUAGAGCAGGUGUAACCAACUACUUCUGUCUAUCCACAAAGCAUAAUCUGUUAGUGUAAAAUAAUAAUAAUAAUGAAAAACGAUUGAAGCCGAAGAACAGAGAAAGGGAGACGUAUGUAACCUUAGGUUCCAGCCACCAUAUCUUUAAGCAUUUAUGAAGUAAAGAAGCCGUAUUCAAGAAGAAAAAUACUAGAAUUAGAGAAUUUUGUAAAGCUCUUUUUUUGAUGAAAACACAACUAAGUUAUGAACCGGUUUGGCUUGCUUCGUCUUACCGAACUCGUCAACAAUAGUCCCAACACCCGGCUUGCUUUCCAAGUAUAUAAACUACCCCCAUGUGUGAGGACUUGUUCCCUCAACAGAGGGUGACGGAAUUUAUUGCAGUGGAAAAGAGAAGGGACGUAACGAUAGUGGAUAUACCAGCAAGUAAUUUUUUCCUCACCUUGGCUUUGUA